AUGAUGCGCCCUCGCCUUGUGACUGCUUCUGCCUUGCUUGGCCAACUGAAACCUGUCGCAAGCAGGCGCAGCAGAGAGGCCUACAGAUGCUUCGCUUCUGCCAAUCAAGACAUUUUGGUGUAUGGUGCCAACACAGAUGUAGGAAAGACGGUGGCGUGUGCUGCUAUCUGCCAUCAGGCAUUGGUCAGGGGGCAGCGAGUUGCAUACAUAAAACCUGUGCAAACAGGAGACGAGACUGAUGCAGCAGCGAUUCGCGAGCAUUGUUCUCGGGGUGGUGGCAUGACUGAUGCACUUCGCCUGGAGACUCUGUUCCACUAUCCAUCACCCGAGUCUCCUGCGAGUGCCGCCGAGAAGGCUGGAGCUCGGCCUCCACAAGAUGCAGAAUUCCGUGACGCGGUGCUUGCUUGUUUGCGGAAGGAGAGAGAGGAGCACUCGGGAGUCUUAGCGAUCUUGGAGACUGCCGGCGGGCCUUUGAGCCCGGGCCCGAACCACACCUUUCAAGCCGACAUCUAUGCCCCCUUAAGCCUGCCCUGCGUGUUGGUGGGUGACUCGAAGCUGGGCGGGAUAUCCGCCACUGUCUGCGCCUACGAGGCUUUGGUCGCUCGCAAGCAGCGGCCAAAGGCAAUCUUGUUCAUCGGCAGUGAGGGAAGGCACAGCAAUGCCAGUGCAGUGCAGAAGGCACUACCAGAGGUGCCAGUGAUUUCGGUGCCUUCCACACCACCACAGCAGGAGCCCUUGACGGCGUGGUUGUCACAGGAUCAAGUGGCGAAAGGCAUGUCUGCACUCUUAGACGCCGAGGCAGAGUCCGAGGCAUCCAGUCUUGAGGAGCACUUGAGGCUGGAUCGUGAGCAUUUGUGGCAUCCCUACACCAGCAUGGUCAAGCCGGGUCUUGUUUGGCCUGUCCGAAGUGCAAGUGGUUGCCAUGUCCAGCUGGAGGAUGGUCGGAGACUUGUCGAUGGCAUGGCCUCUUGGUGGUGUGCGAUUCAUGGUUACAAUGUGCCAGAGUUGAACGCGGCGGCCGCUCACCAGCUAAGCCAGACCAGCCAUGUGAUGUUCGGUGGCUUGACGCACCGCCCAGCCACAGACCUCGCCAGAGUCCUCCUGAGCUGCAUGCCUCAGGGCCUUAGCCGGAUAUUUCUCUGCGACAGUGGCAGUGUGAGUGUGGAAGUGGCACUGAAGAUGGCCUUGCAGUACUGGGCGACCCAAGGGCUCCCACGAAAGUGUCGCAUUGCGACCGUGCAGCGUGGAUACCACGGUGACACCUUCGGGGCCAUGGCUGUGUGCGACCCCGUGCGUGGGAUGCAUAGCCUCUUCAAGAAUUCCUUGCCUCAGCAUCUUUUUGCUGAAGCGCCGGCCCUCGCGCAACCCAAAGAUGUGAAUGAGGGUGCCGCCUCGGACAGUGAUGGCUUUGCCAGCAUGGAGGAAAUUCUUCGACAGAAUGCAGAAGAUGUUGCUGCUGUCAUCAUCGAGCCAGUUGUUCAAGGUGCUGGCGGCAUGCGAAUAUACAGCCCGUCUUAUUUGGUGAAGCUGCGGAAACUCUGUAGCGAUCUGCAGAUCCUGUUGAUUUUUGACGAGAUUGCAACGGGCUUCGGCCGAACUGGCAAGCUUUUUGCUGCAGAGCACGCUCAGGUGACCCCAGACAUCAUGUGUGUAGGCAAGGCUUUGACGGGUGGUUACUGCACGCUUGGUGCCACCAUUGCCACAGACGAUGUGGCUCGCCGAGUAAGUGGCAAAGAUGGGACGCAGCCCCUGAUGCAUGGCCCAACUUUUAUGGCAAACCCUUUGGCUUGCUCUGUUGCUGCUGCCAGCGUCCGGCUCCUGUUGCAAGGGCCCUGGCAAGACAGGGUGGCCGCUAUCGAGAAGCAGCUGGAGAAGGAGCUUUUUCCUUUAAAGGAGCAUCGGGCAGUGUCAGAUGUGCGAGUGCUAGGUGCCAUCGGAGUGGUGGAGCUGCGUAGCCCACCCAAGGAACCCGCCAAGCUGCAGCAAGCACUGGUUCGGCACGGAGUGUGGCUCCGACCUUUCGGCCAAACCAUCUACACAAUGCCACCCUACAUCAUUUCAGAGCAGGAGCUCGGGUGCAUUACCAAGGCCAUUGCCGAAGUGCUUGAAGAAGGAAUCGAGCUGACAGCGAAAGAGCCGCGCAACCCGGCGAUGCUCUGCGGCCGCGGCGCGGCGGCCCUCGAGCUCGGCCGUAAGGACGAGGCAGCGGCGGAUUUCAGGAAGGCUUUGGCGCUCAACCCGAAGGACUCCUUUGCCAAGUGGGCCUUGAAUAGCAUCGAAGCAGACUCUGCGGUUGCGGCACAGAGGGCCAGAAUCGCGGAGGUCCAGGAUGAAAGCGCCUCGCGAAGGCCGGCGGAUGAGUCGCGAUCAGCGCGACCACAGACGCAGCCGAGUGCCACAAGAAGCACAGCAAAGCCUGUGACCUACGGAGUUGUUGCUUCUCCAAUUUCCCCCGACUGCGUUGACUCCGAUUCGGAUGGUGGCUCACCGCCUCAUCAUGUGGAUCAGGAGGCCCCUCACCCGACAUUGAGGAAUACCCCAGAGACGCCUUCCGCAGAGCUAACCCUGGCUCUGAGCGUCUCGAAACCAAAAGCCCCACCACAGCCGCCGCCCAGGGACGCCUCCUCAGCCAAAGAAGCAGAGCUCGUGCCCAUGACCCCGCCACCAACAAACCCCAUGCCCUCUUUGGAUGGCCCAGCCAUUGCGGCCACUGUGACUUCCCAGGCAGCUCCUUCAGCUCCGCCGGCUCCGGUGGUGACACCCGAAACUCCAUCCACCCCAUCCACAACCCCCACAUUAAUCCAGGACAGACCAGGCGUUCCAGCCAAAACGCCAGGCCAGGCAGUUCUUCCAGAGGUGCGGACCCCCGAACCGCCCUCCACAACCCCUGCAUCAACGCAUGCGCAUGCGGAUGCCCCCGAAUCCCCGAAAUUGUCGCAUCAGGAAGUGGCUGCCCGCUUUGUCUCCGCUUUUUCGGAGCCCGCAGAAUGGCCAGAUUAUUUGCCCGACUCGAUGAAAGCGCCACAGUCCAAGGCUCCAGCCCUCCCAGAGCCUGCAGUGGAGACGCUGCAGAAAGCCGUGCCCAGAGCAAAGAAGCGACCCGCGGAACCAGAGCCUGCGCCCCCUGUGCCGCCUGUGCCGCCUGUGCGCCGAAGCAGCCGACUGCAGGCCAAGGCCGACGAGGCAAAGGCCAAGGUCGUGGCCGAGGCCACAAGCAAGCCGCAAGCCAAAGGCAAGGCCAAAGCCAAGGCGAAGGAAGCGCCGAUAGUCAAGGAGGCGGCCAAGGCCAAAGCUAAGGCCAAGGCCAAGGCCAAGGCUGAUGCCAAAGCCAAGGGCAAAGCUAAGGCCAAGGCUAAGACCAAAGCCGCCGCGGUCGUACAUGAGGAUGAGCAGCCUCUGUCGGACCUGCUGAGGGCAGCCCCCAAAGCGAGUCGUCGCUCCAAGCCCAAGGAGGUGAAUUGA